GCCACGUUAGAUUUGACCACUGGUGUUCUGGACACACCAAUGCGAAGACUGAUCCGCAAAAUGCCAGAAGUCGCAGAAAGAGUUUUCGACAGAUGUUUGAGUUACGGAGCUGAGAAGAAUCCAGAGCGAGCUGAUUAUGAGAUAACAUUUAAUUACGAGUUUUUAGACGAUGCUUAUGCACGAUGGAUGGACAUUAAACCUGAUUCUAGUGAAUUCGGGUCCACAUCUGACAGUGUUUACGAGGAUGAUGAUAAAGUUGCUGAAAAUGCCCGGCCGUAUUCACCAGAUUCAAAUCUCCUGAAGAAAAAUCAUCCCAUUAUGAUUAUGGUGGAAUCGAACCGAGAAGAUUUAUUGGGGCAUCCCUUGGUCACAUCACUUCUCACUCAUAAAUGGAGCUCAUUCGGCAGUCUCAUCUACUACUUGCUUCUCUUCAUUUUCGCUAUUUUCUUGGCAUUUUUAACAGGUUACAUCAUCGAGACCACACCUCCUUAUCUCUUCAAUGCUACUGAUGCAGCCAGCAUUGAAAACAACACUUGUGACUCUUUGAGUAAGCCUAUAACACAAGCAGUUUUACCAAAAAUAGGUAAAUGGAUUAUUAUGGCAUUAGCUGCCUUUAAUUUGCUCAAAGAACUGUUACAGAUUUAUCAAGCAAAAUUGAGUUAUUUUGGAUGGACUAAUAUUAUGGAAUGGAUUACCUACGUUACCGCUUUGCUUCUUGUGAUUGACUUUAAUGAUUGUCAGAAAAUAACAGGAUAUCGUUACAAUUGGCAGUGGUCUGUUGGCGCCAUUUCAAUUUUCUUGGCUUGGAUGAAUCUUGUGGCGUUUAUUCAGAAAUUCCCUGCUUUUGGAAUCUACGUUGUCAUGUUUACGGAUGUCCUGAAGACCUUCGCUCAAUUCUUCACUGUAUUCUUCCUGUUCAUUGUUGCCUUCGCUUUGUCUUUUUUCACCGUUUUUCAAAAUCAGACUGCUUUUAAGACAGUAGGACAUUCUCUGAUUAAGACUGCAGUUAUGAUGAUUGGUGAAAUUGAAUUUGAUGGUAUAUUUAACUCUAGGUUUACAUCUGACGAUGUAUCGGAAGCUGUGUAUAUGAAUGAGGUAUCCUACAUUUUAUUUGUCAUCUUUCUCAUUGUCAUGACAAUCCUUAUCAUGAACUUGUUGGUGGGUUUGGCUGUAGAUGACAUCAAAGCUGUACAGGAACAAGCCAUUUUGAAGAGGAUGGCUAUGCAAGUCGAUAUGGCGUUAGAUGUGGAGAGAAUCUUACCGAACGUCUUGCGUAAAAGAUUUUACAUACGUCGUAAGACUAUUCUACCAAAUAAA